ACUACAGUUUCCAGUUCGCACUGGGAAACACUCUGAGUGACGUUGCAGGAAGUGAAGCGCGGACUUCUUCCGGUAGUGCGUAAGCCCGAACGGAGCCGAGACCCAGCGGAGCCUGAAUCCCGAUAAGACAAGAUGGCCGGGCUGCCCCGUAGGAUCAUCAAGGAAACCCAGCGCUUGCUGGCAGAACCUGUUCCUGGAAUAAAAGCGGAACCAGACGAAAGCAAUGCACGUUAUUUUCAUGUGGUCAUUGCAGGUCCACAGGAUUCCCCCUUCGAGGGUGGGACGUUUAAACUUGAACUAUUCCUUCCGGAAGAAUACCCAAUGGCAGCUCCGAAAGUACGUUUCAUGACCAAAAUUUAUCAUCCUAACGUAGACAAAUUGGGAAGAAUAUGUUUAGAUAUUUUGAAAGACAAAUGGUCUCCAGCUUUGCAGAUCCGUACAGUUCUGCUAUCAAUCCAGGCUUUGUUAAGUGCUCCCAACCCAGAUGAUCCACUAGCAAAUGAUGUAGCUGAGCAGUGGAAGACCAAUGAAGCCCAAGCCAUAGAAACAGCCAGAGCAUGGACUAGGCUAUAUGCCAUGAAUAAUAUUUAAAAUGUGCUCUGAAACAGUGUGCAUCACUUUUUCCUGUUCUGCCAAGACCUCUUCCUUUUUUGUUUGCAUUUAAUGGACACAGUCUUAGAAAACAUUACAGAAUAAAAACCCAGACAUCAGUUUUUUUGGUGAUUUAAAUGCGCACUAGCAAAUCUGUGUCUUGUCCUAAUUCACUCCUGUUCUGCAUGAGCAGAGGCUAGAAAUAUCAUCGGGAUUGUUGUGAAAAUUGUUUAAAAGCAGUAGCACACCUCUGCUUUUAAUAAGUUUUUCCCCCCAUCAUGGUUUAAGUGUAAGCACUGUGAAUGAAAGUAGUCAGGGUUAGCUGCAGGGAUUUUUGUUCUAAUUGUGUGGGCCCUUUCUCCCCUUUUUUAUGGUGAUGCUAAUUGCAUUGGUUAAAGCAGCUAACCAGUUAUACUCUAGAAUUUGCCCUCUAGCCAAGUCUAACUUAGACGCUGUAGAUGGACAAGCUUGAUUGUUUGAACAAAAAUGGGAACAUUAAACAUCCAUCACCAUCACUAAUAAUAUUGUGAUUCUGCUGUCAAGUGUAAAAACCCUCCCUUCAAGGAAAAGCUUGUGACCAUUUUGUAUGGCUUGUCUGGAAAAUCUUCUGUAAAUCUUAUGUUUUAGUAAAAUAUUUUGUUAUUCUACUUUGCCUUUGUACAGUUUGUUUUGCUGUGUUCUUUUUUCACUUGUGACAAUCGUAUUUUUUUAAUGAAGUUGGAUUGGAACCUUUCAUUUUCACAAGCCUAACAGGUGUAGUAAAAUAUUGGAUUUUUUGCUGACUUGUAUUAAUAGGCCAUACCACAUUAUUGUAUUCAUAACAUUUUUGUUUUUGUGUUUUUUAAAAAAGCCUCUGGUAAACGUGAUCGCUUGUCAGAGUCCAGCUAGGUUAGAUACAUCAUUGAUGUGUAUGUACUUAGUACCACUGAAGCAGGAAGCUAGCAAAACAAACAGCAAUGUUGGAUGUAUGUGUAACUUGUCUGUCUUGUGCUAACUAUUAUCUGGUAUCAGACUACACAUUUAGAGAACUUACAUUUUUUUUUUUUAAAUAAUCAAUCCUCUGCAUAAAGUGAGAUGUUACAGUCCAGGUAACUGAUUGCUAAGGCAUUUGCAGCUAGCCUUUUAAAGCUCUGGCUUUACGUGCAAACCUUUAAGCUAUUUUCUGGAUCAAUUUUUCCUUUAUUAGAUACAGAUCACUCACUUCUCUUUCUUUUAACCAUUGCAUUAAAAUGUAUAUAUCUUAUUGGAGCCUAUUUUAACCCCUUCUUAGACUUCCUGUGUUUUUCUAAACCUUGCUGUUCUGACCCUACUCUUGCCUUGACCACCUUCUGAUCUCUGUGCUUUCAGUGUGGCCAGUAUAAUGCCGGCUUGCCAUGGGGAAUGUUUGUCUCGCAGUUCAGGGGGGAUGGUAUUCAAAUCCAAAUUCUCUCGCCAUCAUACCUAUUCUAGCAGUAUCUGGGGUUUCUAUAGGAUGUGGUGUAUGUAUUGUGCUCUUAUGUAAGAUAAAGAAUAUCUAUUAAAAUACCGUUUUCAACAGACAAAAGUGCUUUUAGUGAUGGUAUUGUCCCUCAAGUUGACUACACGAUAGCAUGGAAAAAGCCUAAUGGUGAUCUGCUUUGGCAAGACAGGGACCAUUUCAAAAACCGUUUACAACCAGUUUUCAGAUUUUGUUGGACUGCAUCUUACCUAGCAGUUGGUCCCUUUUUUGUCACUGAGAAAUGACAUGCUGCUGUAAUAAGCAGAGCUAUAAUAAUAUAUGCUCUCAGACUUUACAAGUAUUGAAGUUUUUGUGUGAAUCCCUGAAUGAACAUGAAGUCACAUACUUGCAUUGCAGCAUGAUCCUAAGCAUGCUUACUUGGAAACAGGUGCCACUCAGUUCAACAAGAGUUAUUCUAUACUAAGCAUGCUCAGGAUUGCAUACUCACAUACCUGGUGAUCUUGUAUUGUGUACUUUGAAGCUCGCUGAUAUGUUAG